GAGAAGGAAAUGUCUCGGGAAAAAUGGAAAAGAAAAAUGUAUUUUCACGAUUUUUGUCUAAACUAAAGAGUGGAACAAGCUCUAAUGUUGAAGAACUGUCUGGUAGGUUUCUGUCACUCGUUCGUGAUUUACCGCUUUGUGGAGAAACACCUUGGAAGCUUCGUGAAGUCGAAAGACUUCUUGCCCAGGGAGCACCAAUARCUGCACGAACCUCUCAAGAUCACYGUACAGCACUUCAUUYKGCAUGUCGAAAUAAGGAUUUAGCUACCUCGGAAUUACUCAUUCGUCUUGGAAUUAACGUAAACGCCGAGGAUUUGAAUAAGUCAACAGCGAUGCACCUUGCWGUCGGUAACUCAYCAGUGAAUUCGGCCUUGAUAAGACUACUUCACGAAAAUGGCGCGAAUUUGAACGCUGUUAACAGAUCUAAGGAAACACCUUUGYACCUAGCAGCAAUGCUAGAAGACCCCUCUUGUGCUAGAACUUUAAUAUCUCUGGGUGCAGAUUUAUACAUGUGUUCAACACCUGAGAAUAGUAUAGCUGCUUGGCCAGCUAAUAGGCCUCUUAUGUAUGCUGUGAGGUCWGGUCGAUUAGCAACAAUUUUGCUGCUGUUGCAGGCAGGUGGUUCCUUUGAGGAUUUUUGUCCUCGAAGGUUGCUUUCUUAUGGAUAUUCGAGAUGUAUUCAUUUUAAAAUAAUACAGCUCUUUGUGGAAGCUGGUCUAAAGGUCCCAAAAGAUUUUUUUAUCACAGAGAUGGAAAGCUUUGAAAGUUGGCCAGACAGCUUAAAGGAAUGGCUAUGCAAUCCUYUGCCAUUGCAGGUUUUAUGUAGGAAAAAGAUAAGAAAAUGUAUAGGRGGUUCGAAUUUAGAAAAAAAAGUAUCUCAACUUUGUCUUCCCRUGAAAAUGAAGAAAAGACUUCAGUAUGACAUAGAAAGCUUUGACCUUGAUGUGAAAUGCAAAACAAGUAGCCAAAAUAAGACAGAUUUGUUUUAUUCAUUUAAUAUUUAUGGRCACAAGGAAUUUUACAGUUAAAAACAUCCACAAUAUGGAUGUUCAUGUGUGAUGACAUAGUGGAUCAAUUACAGUACAUGAGAGGAGCUGACGGGUUCCUGGGAGAAAAAUAUAUCUUCUUAUGUCCCAGGCAGCUGUA